AUGGCUGCGUCCAUAGCCAGAGGAGCUGCAACGAGCAGCCUUGAAACAGGCAUGGUUGUCAAGAAAGCUGUUUCCAUCGUUGCUCCGCUUGCUCUCCGAAUCAUCGCCGAAUGUCCAGUGACCAAAGCGAGGGCUUGUGAUCUCACACUUCCUCACUGUACGGUCAGCACCCCAGUGUUCAUGCCUGUGGGCACACAAGGCACGAUGAAGGGAAUCACUGUGGACCAACUCGAUGAUCUGGGAUGUCAGAUUUGUCUUGGCAACACAUACCACUUGGGGAUGAGGCCGGUAAGUGUAGCCCAAGAAUGCAAGAAAGGAGCCUAACAUUACUCCUUAUAGUCCAAGGACCGUACAUGUUCUGUUUAAAGGGGCAAUCAGCAGAUGCUACAUCCAUUUUUGGAUUUAUACAUUAAUGAUAUGUACCCAUUGAUUCUUGAAGAAUAUAAUUUCUAAAUGCCUCAUGAGAUUAGUUCAACUGUCAUACCCCAACAGAUCUAAAAUAUAACUUUAUUUUACUCCAAUGUUAGUAAACAAAGUAAAUGUAAACAAACACAGUAUAGCCUCAAAACAUGGUUCAAGCUAUAAUUAUGAUAUCAUGGAUGGUCAGUCCUUGCAUCCAUAGCUCUGUCUAUGAAUUUGAGAAUGGUUACAUAUCUCCAGCCCCAUCCCUCAGCUUUUUAGUGAAACAGUGGUGGAGAGGGGCUUUGUUAUUGUUUCAACUGCUGAAAUCCAAAACAGCCAAAUACUCCCAUUUAAACGUUAAUCGAUUCUCAAUUGCAGUACGGUUCUAGAAGCUUAAACCCCUCUACUUUCUUAUCACAUCAAAAUAAUUUCACAAAUGCAAAAUGCACACUUACUGUACUCUGUUUUCAGUGACAAAAAGCUGUAAAGCUGUGUAUAACCCUAUAAAGCUGUGUAUCAAUUUAACCUUUAGUUUUUUGAAAAUUAUUUAUUGCUGAUAUGGAAGAUAUAAGGUCUUUAUGCUUCCAAAACCGUACCGCAAGCGAUGCAUGUUAAUGUUCAGACUGAGCAUCAGGGCUCUUAACAAAACUCCCCUGUAUAGAAGACACCUUCGUCCAAUAACUCUUAUGUGUAAUGUAAUGGAACUGAGAGUCAUUAUCAAGGGCUACAUUAAGUGAUGCUAGGGCUAUUCACAUUGUGUAUCAAAGAUGAUUGACCAUGUAGACCGCUCUUUGUUGUCAGUGUCUGGUGUGCUGCAGACAGUGAGGAUGGUGUUGUCUGUCUGUCCCAUGACAGGGUCCUGAGCUGAUUGAGAAAGCAAAUGGCCUGCAUGGCUUCAUGAACUGGAAAAGAAACCUUUUGACUGUGAGUAUCAGCUAAUGUGUUGACUGUGUGAAAUGUCUGCUUUCCUCUAUUGAACCCCUUAAAGGAAAACUCCACCCAAAAACUAUAUUUUGGUAUUUGUUUCCUUAGUCCAUUGUUGACAUAGCUCCUAAAUGUUUUGCUUGUCAGCACUCAAGUUUUCAAGAUAUGUGACUUUCAAAAUACAGAAAUCAUCCCUGUAUGAUGCAUUUUGCAUCAUGCAAAAUACAUAAUAGAGAGAUUAUUUCUGUAUUUUGAAAGUCACAUAUCUUGAAAACUUGAGUGCUGACAAUGGACUAUUGAAACAAUUACCAAAAUAUAGUUUUUGGUUGGAAUGUCCAUUAACCUGCACCAUUUCUACGCAGGACAGUGGGGGCUUUCAGAUGGUGUCUCUUGUUGAACUAUCUGAGGUUACUGAGGAGGGGGUCAAGUUCAAGUCUCCUUACGAUGGGAAGGAGAUCCUUCUGAGUCCUGAGCAGUCAAUCGCCAUACAGAACAGUCUGGGUGAGAAACACAAUCCAGUCUCAUUCAUAGAAUAUCCACUCUCAAUUAAUCAGUCCGCAAAGUAAAGCCACUAUACUUCAGGUAGUACUCCUGUUCUUAAUUUUAAUAUCGCACCAAAUCCUGUUUUGUCCAGGGUCAGACAUCAUGAUGCAGUUGGAUGACGUGGUCAGCAGUACAGUGACUGGGCCGCGGGUGGAGGAGGCUACGUGGAGAUCGAUUCGCUGGCUGGACCGCUGCAUCGCGGCCAAUAAGAAUCCAGACAGACAGAGCCUGUUUGCUAUCAUCCAGGGGGGCCUGAACGCAGAGCUACGCAAGGCCUGUCUAGACGGUAAGAUGUUCCCCCCUGUUCCAUCUAUGUCCUUCCAUGACUGACCUGCCUCAAAGCUAUUCAGCACAGCAAAUGACUCAUGUCAAUUAGCUAAUUAGUUUAACUUCUUCUUUUAGAAAUACAGUGGAAAAGAGAUAAUGAAAAAUACAUGAUCUGUGCAGAUGCUGAUACCAAUGCCGUAAAAUAUGCAUUUGCGUAUUUCCAAAGGAUACAUUUUGUUUCUAUUUUUCUGUUCCUGUGCUUUUUACAGAAAUGACAAAACGUGAUGUUCCUGGCUUUGCUAUCGGUGGGCUGAGCGGAGGUGAGGAGAAGGAUGAUUUCUGGAGGAUGGUGACACUCAGCACAGACCACCUGCCUCGGGAGAAGCCUCGCUACCUCAUGGGGGUUGGGUAUGGCUGCCUUAUGUUGUAACAGCACAUAUCCAUGCAUAAAUGACAUGAGUUGCAAAUGUUUUGUUGUGCCAUACAGAUAUUUGUAUGUAUGUGAUUAAUGUGUUAUUGCUGUGGGUUACAGUUAUGCAGUGGACCUGGUGGUGUGUGUUGCUCUGGGUUGUGACAUGUUUGACUGUGUCUUCCCUACCCGCACUGCAGUAAGUAUUCCAUUCUCUUACAUAUUAUGAGUCACCUACUCUCUAUUCAUUUACUGCAAAAUAAGUAUUCUUGUCACAAGUGCUGAGAAACCCAAUAGCUUCUUUUGUCAUUUAGUCCAUAGCAGUACUACUUUCUUUAUAAUGAUUAUAUUUAUGAUGAUGAUGAUAAUGAAGUGAUCUUCCUCCUUUCAUCCCAGAGGUUUGGCUCAGCCCUGGUCCCGUGGGGAUCUCUGACGAUUACCAAGAAGCAGUUUGCCAAGGACCUCCAGCCCAUAGACCCAGACUGCCAGUGCCCCACCUGCAGGAGGUAAAGGCAUAUUAACCCUGGUACACUGGGGGUCAGAAUACAGAGGGCUGUGGGAUGGUUGAAGGAAUGGAGUUUGUAGGGGUUAGGGAAACUGGGUUACAAAUCUCAAUUCUCUUCAAUGGAUGUUUUUAGUUGUAGGCAGAAUGAUUCUGAGGAUUGUUUUCUCAUACAGUAUUGGUUUUAUUUUGCUCCCCAAUGAUUCCAGGCACAGUCGGGCCUAUCUGCAUGCUCUGUUCAAGAGUGACACCGCAGCCAUGCAUCACAUUACCAUCCACAACAUCUCCUACCAGGUCUUUGUUUCUAUAAUGGUUAAUAGUUUCCUUUAGUUACUAUUUGGCAUAGAUUAUAUAAUAACCUUAUCCUCUGUCUUUGCGUCCAGCUCACUCUGAUGCGGUCGGUGAGACAGAGCAUCAUAGAGGGUCACUUCCCAGACUUUGUGAGGACGUUCAUGAAGAGAAUGUUCCCCUCUCCUGAACAGUACCCAGGCUGGGCGGUGGACGCUCUAGGAACGGUCAACAUCACAUUGAAUUAAACUGGUAAACUCCUUCCUUUACACAGACUGGGACUUCCUCUGCAAUGGCCAAUAAGACCUUUUAUAUGAGAAAUCAGAUCUCCUUUUUAAGAAAACAUUUUUUUCUACUUUUAUGCUUCAAUUGGGUAAUUGCUUCUGCCUGUAUAUUCUGUCAGCCUUAUUAGUGAACGGUUCAAUGAUGUUGAUGUGCCUGAAUAUUUUACUGUCUUGAUGAUUUAAUUACGUUCAUGUUUUGUUACAGUAAGGUUAUAGGUUUUUUUGUCAUUUAUAUGCUAAACAGUCUGUUGAAAGUUAUGAAUUUACAUUGUACAGCUUUCAGCUCCUGUCAGACAUACAGUACUUCUGUGACAUCCAGUUUUCACUCUGCAGACCUUUUCAGUGUAUGAUAAUGUAGGAGUGGAGUAGUGUUGUUGAAAUCCAGGAACUGUCUCCUCUGAUAUAUUCAGACACUUUUAGUUGUUACCAUGGCUACAGACCAGCGGCCCACCAUCUUUAAAUUCCAUGCAUGACUUCUAACACAGAAAUGUGGUCAUAAACUAAGAAUUAUAGAGCAUUUCUGAACAUUUCCUAGGGCUUCUUAUCGACCUUUACCAGCAGGAGAAAGCGAAUACAUUUCUAUAAUUGAGUUAUGUUUUGUUGCGCAAGUGAUGAGGACACAGGAACCCAAGUUUGUGUGAUUUUGACUUUGGGCCACUAGAGGGCAAAAAUAUACUAAACCUGAUGAAAAUGCACGUGAGCCAGAUUAUGCCAUCUGUUUAUUUGACAUGCUGGAGAAGUUUAAUAGGAGGGAAUGGGAAUAAUACCCACCAAGCUUGGUUCAAAAGCAGAGAAGUAGAGCAUGUAUGGUUUAGUCAGAUUUGCAUGCUGAGGGCAGACAGAGUAGUGGCAAACCAGUUCUCUAGGAAGUGGUUUUGAGGAUCACAAUUUCCUGUGUCUCCCAAGUGCUACUUUCUCAAACACAAGAUGACACCCAAUACAAUGAAUUCCAGCUGUCAAGACAGUCGAGGACAGAGAAUAAUAGGGUGUCAUAAUCUGCCAUUGAAGCAAACCAGGAUCAAAGACACCUGGGAAAACAAUAGCCAUGUUCUUUUUCUUUGCUUCCAAUGUUUAGGUUUUUGUUCCGGUUCCUGUUUUUCUAUCUAUAGUUUUAGAAAUUGAGGUCAUUUCCAUUUCAGUUUUUCAUUGUAAUACAUCUAAUAAAUGCUUUAACAGGCUACAUUGCAGUUGUAAAAGCACCUGUUGCCUCUAGUUGAGAGACAAGAUCUUUAAAUAAAGCCACCCUUUAUAGGCUACAGAGUUUAGAAAUGGUUUGUAAUUGUUAAUACCUGUCAGUUAUUUGUUUAUAAUGCUAAACAUAUAAUAAUAAUAAACAUGUAAU